AUGGAUGUGUCGUCGGACCUGUUCCUCAACCUGCGCAAGAAGGUGUAUGACCACCUCCUCGGCCCGCGGCUGUACGACUCGUUCUCGCUCGACCAGUUCCGCAAGUGCUUCCCGCGGACACACCGCGACAAGAGCGACGUUGUUCUUCUGCAUGAGAUGUUUGUUGUCCACCGCCAGCAGGUCCGCGCACGAGUCGAUAACCUCAUCAAGCGCCGCUUUGCCCAGCUCGAGCGCGCUGCUCGCGCCGUCGAUGUGGUCGACGUUGAGGGCCUCGCUCUCCCGGACGCGCUCGCCUUCCUCUCCGACCGCCAGGCGGCGCUGCAAGACGAAAUGCGCGAGCUUGAGCGCGAGGUCGCUGCUGCCCGCAACAAGAUCGCUCGCUGCGAGUCAGCACUUUCGGGCAUGGGCCUCGGCGCCGGCGCCGACGCCGCCGCUGUCAACGUCCCGCAUCUCGACGAGCUCCUCGCCCUCCUCACCCCGCCCGAGGCGUCGGCGUCGCCCGCGCCUCCGUCGUCGGCAUCAUAG